GCGCGCAGGUUUGAACAGACAGCUGCUACCGGAACAGGGCGAGCUGUGGGAGGAACUGAGUUUUGCGUAUUGUUCGACAAUGUAAAAUAGCACAUAUUAUAUUGAAAAAUAAACUUGGCUUACAAGGGACAACUUUUAACAACAGUCCCUUCUGAUUGUGGUUAUACUGUACAUCAUAGAAAUGGCUGCAAAGCAGGGUGAUCGAGGUCGAAUAUUGCUGCUGGAAGAAGAAGUAAAAAACCUCACCGAAGAGCUCGUUCAAUGUCAGGCCGAUAAGGAGUUUGUGUGGUCCUUAUGGAAACGCCUUCAAGUCGCCAACCCAGACCUGACCCAGGCCGUGAGCUUGGUUGUGGAGAGAGAGAAGCAGAAAGCUGAAGCCAAAGACCGGAAGGUAUUGGAGAUUCUGCAAGUUAAAGACAAUAAAAUACAGGAGUUGGAGCAGAAAGUGACAGGGCAGCAACAAGAAAUAAACAACCUUCUUCAGAGAAAGAUAGCUGUGGAUGAAGAGAAAGGCUUAAUGAAGAAAGAUCUGACUGCUUUGCGACAGAAAUUGGAGGAUAAAAGUCAAGAACAUAAGGAUUUUAAGGAGAGAGCGAAAAAGAAGGAGGAGGAGCAGCGGCGUGUUGUGAGGAAUCUGGAGGAGGGAAAGGAAGGAUUAAACACACGCUGCUCUGACCUGCUAAGUGACCUGGAGAAACUGCAGAAGCAGGCGGCCCAGUGGAAACAGGAGAAGUCUGGCAUCGACUCCAAAGUCAAGGUGUUAGAAGAUGACGUUAAAGAAUACAGAAAGCAGGUUGAAGAGAUGCACAACAAGUGCAACGAUCUGGCUGCUCAGCUUUCAUUCAAAGAAACUGAACUGGUACAAAAAGAAGCAGAUGUGACCAGACUCAGGAAGGAGCUGCAGGAGCUUCAGAACCUCUAUAAACAGAGUACCGAGCAUGCGGCCCAGCAAGCAGAGAUCAUCCAGCAGCUCGAGGGCCUCAAUCUGGACACGCAGAAGGUGCUGCGCAACCAGGAAGAUGCGCACACCACCGAAACUAUAUCCUGCCAAAGGCUGUACAAUGAUCUGAGCAUGCGGUAUGAAGCCUUAAAAACCAGCGAGAUGCAGCUGCGUCAAAGCCACAUUGCCUUGACAGCACAGUUGCACCAAAAGGAGCAACAUAUCAGCCAUUUACAAGCCAGGUUGCAGCAAGCUUUGGUCACGGCUCAUCAUCAGGCAAAGCAGACAAAUGCCAAGCAUCUGGAGGAGCACCAGCAUGUAUCCAUAGGAGAGCUGGAGUCCUUGGUUGCUGCACAGAGGGCUGAGCUGAACCAGCUGAGGGAGGAGCUGGAGACAGCCAACGCCAAGCUAGUUGCUCUCAAUCCUGUCAGCAGGGAUGGGCAAGACAGCCGCACGUUGAGAGAUGAAAGGAGACGCAAGGAUCCACCUGUGAAGCGUUCAAGGUCUCUGUCCCCGAUGAACUGUGCCGGUGUUGCCGAGGAAAAGAUGAGACUCAGAAUAGCCGAGAGUAAGAUCCGCAACUUGGAAGAGCUUGUCAAGUUAAAGACCCAAGAAAGCGAGGAACUGAAGAAAGCACACGAUAAGCGUCACCAACGCCUGCGACUCAUACAGACCAACUAUAGGACUGUCAAAGAGCAACUGAAAGAGAUGGAGAGCAUGCUGGGCAAGACUAGAGGCGGCAGCCGAAGUCUGCGUGCUGAGCCCUGGCAGCUGAGACAGGAGAACAGCGAUGCUGUCUGGAAUGAGCUGGCGUACUUCAAACGAGAACACAAGAAGCUGCUAACUGAAAAAGCCAACCUAGAAGAGGAGCUGGAUGUGCUGAGAGUACAUUCGGCGCUGGACAAGGCUACUGUUCAGGAGCUCCGAGUAUGUCUUCAGCAUGAGCACCAUGAGCUUCUCUUCAGACUGGAGGAGGAUGGUGGGGUCAAGAGCAGCACUCCCAAAAAGGAGGACAAAGACAGAAUGGAACAGUCAUUACAAAAGAUUAGCCAUCUGGAGAAGAAGAUGAGAGCGCUGGAGAGGGAGACACAGAGGCUGUCGGUGGCCAACGAGGAGCUGACCCGGGCGCGAGACGGACUGCAGGUCUCCCUGGCCCGGCUGCGCCGGCAGGGGGAGGCCAGGGAGGCGGCGGUGGCGGCGCAGGCCAGGGGGGAGCGGGAGCAGCUGCAGGCCACCGUAGCCGAGCUGGAGAAGCGAGUGGCCGCCCUGAGGGGGCAAGUGGCCGACGCUAACGAGCUGAGGAGGGAGCGCAGCCGCCUGACGAGGCAGGUGGAGGAGCUCCGGCGGGAGCGGGCCGCCGCGCGGCGCUCGGGCAGCAGGGCAGGAGGCUCCAAGGUUAAAUUCAAAGCAGCCCGGGCCAAACACUCACUCCGACGGAGGCGAGCGUUCCUCAGUCAGUCCAUCAAAGAAAUGAGCAGCAUAUUCGAGAACUUCAAUAAGGACGACUGGGAGGACAUGAGCCGAGACAGUGACAGUGAAGAGGGAUGCUCGGAGAGCCUGGAUGAGCUGCUCACAGGACCCGCAGCGUGCAGAUUCCCUUCCCGGGAGACAGAUGACACUCUGAGCACCAGCAAAGAAAGCGACGUUCCGCAAGACCCCAUACCGGCCCCACAGAGUUCUCAUCUGAAGCACUGUCCUUUUAAGGAAUGUGAUAGUACUGAAAUCCAAAAGAAAAAUAUAAUCACACAGGUGAGCAGGCAGCCCACAACUAAUGCACGACAAGAAACACACAAAGGUAAACACAAGAAGAAGAAGACUGGGGCCCAGAAGAGAGCUUUCUCACUGGCACUUCAGCAGCGGAUCAUAUCUCUACAGCAGCAGAUAGCUGUUCUACAAACUGGGAAGAGAGCAGCUCAGAACUCCGCCAGGGAGCUGAGAGAAACCAACAAGAAGAUAACAUCCCAAUUGAACUUGCUAACCCAGAGAUUUCAGAUCAGCAAGCAGGUUUCACAGAAACUGACCUCUGACUUCGCAGAGCUUCAGCAGCAGAAGGAAGUGUUGGAGAGAGAGGUGGAGCAGAUGAAACAACAGCAGGCCCAGACAGUCAGGGCAACACCAGAGCAGCCCCCUCUGACCCCUGGGCCCAAGGAAGACCCCCCUGGCCCCUCACCCAAGCACUCGGAAAUGGAAAUAAAACAGCUCCAGAACAAGCUAAAGAAUGCUUCUAAUGAGAUAGCAAAGCACACAUCUGCCAGUAAAGCCUUGAGAGCAGACUUGCAGGAGAAGGAAGAGCAGAUCGGGGAACUGCAAGAGAAGGUUUCUCGUACGGAAAGAGACAUCAACAUGAAGAGGCAGCUAAUUGAAGAUCUGAAAUCCAGAUUAAAGUUACUUCAGGAAAAUGAAAAGACCCACAAAGACCUCAUAGAAGAAUUGGAGAAAAAAGUGAAGACUCUGUCUGAAGAUGCAUCCAACAGAAAGACCUUCAUUGAUUCCCUGAAGCAGAGGCUCAACGUAGUCACCAAAGAAAAGAAUCAACAUGACAUGACCUGUCUCAAGCUGAGGGAAGAGCUAGAAAAGAAGAACCAGAAAGUGCAGGACCUGCAAUCCAGGGUGGCAGAGUCUGAGAUUGCCCUGACAGAGCUGGAGGAGACAGCCUCGCAGCAGAUGCACGGGCUGGCCUUGCAGAGCGGACAGGCCCUGGAGGGUGUGCAGAGGAAACUGGGGCUCGCCAACAGACAGCUGGAGGAGCUGGUCAGCUUCAUCAAGGCUCUGGCAACAGAGAUACUCAGGGAUGUACAAGGCACAAAGGCCCAGCUUAGGAGAAGGAAGAAGAAGCCGUCAGCCACAGGAGGACUUUCUAAGGAGUCCAUUUGCAGAGCUCAGUCUAUCGCAGCAUCCAUUCUGAACAUCUCUGAGGCAGAUGUGGAGGACAUGCUGAAAACAGACGAUGAAGAAACUGAAGAGGCCAAAAUAGAAAGAAGAAAAGACCAGGACUGGCUGGAUCAUAUUGCAAACAUCCUCCAGCAGCAGAUUCCUCUUGCAACACUUUUAAUGGAGGCCGUGCUUGCAAAGAUGAAGGAAAAGAAAAUGCUGACAGAAGAACUGGCAUCACUCAAAGAAGUCAGCGAAAAAGCCUGACUCCAGGCUGCUUUGUGUUCCACUAAAAUCUGUCAUCCAUUUCAAGUGUUUUAUUGUGCCACGAAUCAUUUUCACUCAAGUGUAGGUUUUUAUUUUACAGCUUGUGGUGCAUCAAUAUUUGUACAAAAGCACAACAUUCUUAAUAAUGACCUGUUGCUUUAAUGGGUGGGAAGCUGACAAAAUUAGCACUUGCAUUCAUUCAACAGUUCACUGGAGACCUAGAGGCAUGUUUUGUAAAUAUGCAUCUAAUACAUCAGCUAUUCUGAGCUCUAAUACCCUUUAGCCAUUUAUUAAUUUACUGACUUUUUUAUACAAUGUGAACCUCAGGUAAUAAAGCAGAAGCUUAUUCCUUUUUUGUUUUUUGAGAUUUAAAUUUUUCAAACAGCUUGACAAGGCUGACUCUUACCCAUGAGGACAAGGGUGGUGUUGACAUUGCAGGCAUUAUUAUGCCUUUCAGAAUGCCCCCCAGUGUCAUAUGCAGAAUUGCUUCUUUGGGAUUUGUUAUCUGUUUCUCUAGUAACAACACUUACGUUUAUUCCUCUGUUGAUGUCAUUUGUGCCCUUUGACUUAAUUACUGAAAAGAACUGAAGUUCAUCAUACCUUCUUUGCUUACAGAUAACGUUGUUCAUACAGCUCACUGCAUUCUUCAAGCACUGAAGCAAUAAAAGCUUUUUUCUGCUUGUAAAAAUUA